CUGUCAUAACAAGCGGAGCUGGAAAUAAAGCGUGCUUCCCAGUCAUCACUAUCCUGCGUAUUAUUCAUCUGAUAAUACUUCAUGGUGGCAGCGGUGAAAAAGGAGACCACCCACGGAGCAGAACAACAGAGGGAAUUGUCCGAGGAUAAUCUACCAUUGCCUGCAUUAACACGGGAAGAGCCGAGCUAACCAACAGCGGCGGUCUGCACGGCGGGAGAAACCCUAGCGGGAGCACGCCAUGGCUACACACCUACCGACAAUGAACUGGACCGACCCGGACCUGAGUGAGGCCAUCUCACUGUUUAAAUAGAAAAUGAUUCUUUACCUAGAGGAUGAAGAAAUAACAGACGCUGCUAAACAAGCAAGGAAAAUAUGUUGUGGCAUUGGAGAUGAAGGACCUAAAACGGCUGAACGCCAGUGGUCUCAGUGAGGAUGACAAGAAGAAGCCUGCUAAACUGUGGGACUUCUAUGAAGGUGAGAAACGGUCACAUCAAGCGAAUUACUGAUAAUGACAUUCACUCGCUGGUGUUGGAGGUGGAAGGGACAAAUGUAAGUACUACCUAUAUAACUUGCCCAGCUGACCCAAAGAAAACAUUGGGCAUCAAGUUGCCGUUCCUUGUGAUGAUCAUCAAAAACUUAAAAAAGUAUUUCACCUUCGAAGUCCAGGUGUUAGAUGAUAAAAACGUACGUCGACGAUUUCGGGCAAGUAAUUACCAAAGUACGACGCGAGUGAAACCAUUCAUCUGCACCAUGCCAAUGAGGCUCGAUGAUGGCUGGAACCAGAUUCAGUUUAACCUGUCAGACUUUACCAGGAGAGCCUACGGAACCAAUUAUAUUGAGACACUGCGUGUGCAGAUUCAUGCGAACUGCCGUAUUAGGAGGGUGUAUUUCUCAGACAGACUCUACUCUGAGGAUGAGCUCCCAGCAGAGUUUAAACUCUAUGUCCCUGUCCAAAGCCAGAAGUCCAAGCAGUAGAGGUCUUGAACAAACAUGUACAAUUUCUCUAGACCUGAUGUACGUUUGAGCUGAAUGAUUUUGUUUGUGUGUGUGUCGUCCUAAUAUCUAUAUUGUGCUGUUUGUAUCAAAAAACUUUUUCCUAUUUUUUGAUAAAGGAGAAACAAAACA